AUACGUCACGUCGGAUUGACCAAACCCGGAAGUGAAGAUGGCGAACGCCUUCGAGAGGUUCAACCUGCAUUCCACACCUGAGAAGUUCUACAUUGAGGCCUGUGAUGAUGGAGCUGAUGACGUGUUGGUCAUUGAUAGGGUGUCCACCGAGAUGACCCUUGCAGGUAUUAAGGACAUUCCGCCAUCAGGCAUAACCAGGCCCAUAUGUGGAGUCAUGGGAACUGUUCGCCUGGUAGCUGGGAUGUACCUCAUAGUCAUCACCCGGAAGCGGAAAGUGGGCGACCUGUUUGGCCACACCGUGUGGAAAGCGGUGGAGUUUGAUGUGAUUUCUUAUAAGAAGACCAUUUUGCACCUCACAGAUAUUCAGAUGCAAGACAACAAGACGUUUCUGACUAUGAUUAACAAUGUACUAAACACAGACGGCUUCUACUUCUGCACGGACUACGACCUGACCCACACCCAGCAGCGCCUGUCCAACACCAGCCCGGACUUCCAGGAGAUGAGCCUGCUGGAGAGGGCGGACCAGAGGUUCAUGUGGAAUGGAAACCUUUUAAGAGUCAUCGCACAGCCUGAGCUCCAUAAAUUUGCAUUUCCUGUCAUCCACGGAUUUAUUGUGAUGAAGCCAUGUUGCAUCAAUGGCAAGGUGUUUGAGUGGAUCAUCAUCUCUAGACGGAGCUGUUUCAGAGCAGGGGUGCGAUAUUAUGUUAGAGGCAUUGACUCUGAAGGACAUGCUGCUAACUUUGUCGAGACAGAACAGAUAGUUCAGUUCAAUAAUGCCAGGGCAUCCUUUGUCCAGACUCGAGGCUCCAUACCCUUCUUCUGGUCUCAGAGACCCAACCUGAAGUACAAGCCCAAGCCACUAAUAAGCAAAGACACCAAUCAUAUGGACGGGCUCAGGAGACAUUUUGAGUCACAAGUUCUUAUUUAUGGCAAGCAAGUGAUUCUAAAUUUGGUGAAUCAGAAAGGAUCAGAGUUGCCUCUUGAACAGGCCUUUGCCAAAAUGGUCAGCAGCAUGGAGAAUGGACUCAUCAAGUACAUCGCCUUUGAUUUCCACAAAGAGUGCAGUAAGAUGAGAUGGCAUCGCCUCCAGAUUCUUGUUGAUGCUGUUUCUGACAUGCAAGAGGAGUUUGGGUACUUCAUGGUGAGCUCAGACGGGAAGGUGUUAUCGGAGCAGUCUGGAACCUUCCGCAGUAACUGUAUGGACUGCCUGGACCGCACUAACGUCAUCCAGAGCCUGCUGGCCAGACGCUCCCUGCAGAGCCAGCUACAGAGGAUGGGUGUCCUCCACGUCGGCCAGAAGAUUGAGGAACAGGCUGAUUUUGAGAAGAUUUACAAAAACGCUUGGGCAGACAAUGCUAAUGCCUGUGCUAAGCAGUACGCAGGAACAGGAGCCCUGAAAACCGACUUCACCAGGACCGGAAAGAGGACUCACUGGGGCUUGGUAAUGGACGGCUGGAAUUCAAUGAUCCGUUACUACAAGAACAAUUUCUCUGACGGCUUCAGACAAGACUCCAUCGAUCUCUUCCUUGGGAACUAUAGCGUGGAUGAAACUGAUAGUUUGACGCCUCUGCACGCUCAGAAGGACUGGAAGUUUCUUUUGCUUCCUGUUAUUAUGGUGGUGGCUUUCUCCAUGUGCAUCAUCUGUCUCCUAAUGGCUGGUGACACUUGGACGGAGACCCUGGCGUACGUGUUGUUCUGGGGCAUGGCCAGUGCUCUCACCGCUGCUGUCAUCGUGGUGAAUGGACGCGAGUUUGUUGAUGCACCCAAACUGGUCCAAAAAGAGAAGAUGGAUUGAAUUUGGAGAUUUCUUACCACUGUUUCCUCUUUAUUUUCCCCCAAGAGUUUAUAAUGACCUGCUCUUCAUAUUUCUUAAGAAGAGCAAUCAUCCCUGUUUCCUUCUCCUAUAGACGGAGCCUUCACAACAGCUUGUAUUACCUUAUAAUUUACUAUCUGCACUACAAAUUUUCUUUUGAAUCACGGCACAUGGUGUCCAAAUUUUCCCCACCAAUUAAUUGCAUCAGUUCAGAAUUACAGAAGGAUUGCACAAGAUUUGCAUUAUGGCCAUUGUAUCACCUUUCAAAGGCAAAUGCGCUGCUACGUUUUGGCGAUCUAUCUCAAUUGACCUGUAGUGAAAUUAGAGUUAUUGUUUUGGCUCUAGAGUUUCAGCUUUAUGAUAUUGGACACCAGACGUGUGGCCAUUCGCCCAGACUAUGGGUUGACAGAUCAAUGAAGGUCUAUUGUAAUUAGAUUGCUAGGCAAGGGAAUGUUACACAAUGCACCAGUGACUCAUCCCUUCGUUAUUACCAUUUCUGUCCUUUCAAAUCUGUCCCGAAAUCAGCCUUAUGCCUCAGUUAUAUUUGCGAGUUGUUCUUUGCAGUGGCAGUUUGGAUUUUAAUGUGGUUUCCUUUUGUCCUGUCGGCAUAUUUAUGGUUUUGUGUCUCUCAUAAAUAAUAAAAUUAGACAGCUGCGGGCCGCGCUGGGGGAGAAAGAGAGGAAUUAAGCACUGUUCCUUUAUGAGUUUACAGAAAAUAUGAACAGCACUUUCCUGUGUAGUUUCUUUAUGUCUCUUUGCGGACCAAUGAACGCUAACAGAUAUGACACGCAUAAAGUCACUCUUUACUGGCUCGUUGACGCCACUUGUCUUUAACAUUACCAAUUCAUCAUAUGGAAAAUACUUGUCAGAAUAGACUCACACUUAAUUUUUUUUUAGACAAGAGUGUUUUUUUUUUUUAAGUUGUCAUGUUUACAUGCAUGAUGAUGUAUAACCCACCAUUCCUGUCAGUUAGUCUAAGUGAAACUCAUUUUAGCAUGUAGUUUUUGACAAAACCGAAUGAAGUUCUUUAAACUCAUAAAUACCUUUAAAACUAGAUCUGUUUGGUUUCACCUAGACAAAGAAUGUAGAUUUUGAUGCCUUUAAAUGUGUUUUGCUGUCACCUGGAAAUUAUAAUAUACAGUAACAGAGUCAUAGGGAACAUUUAAACAGGAUAUUUCCAAUGAUAUUUUCACUGAGUUCAGUUGGGGCAUAUUUAUUUAAUUUUCUUUAGGUGCAAAGAUGAAGACAAUACGCAGUACUAGGUGGAAGCAACACUACAUCAUGUAUGUUUGAUAUUUCCUUGUAUAAAUAUGAUGUUCAAAUUGUACAUUGAAAGAGAUUAAGAAUAUAGAUAUAUAUAUAUAUAGAGAGAGAGGGAGAGAGAUAAAAUAUAAAUGUUUCAUUGUAACAAUGUACUGUACAGUGUAGUUUGCAGCAAGAUAGCACUUUCUGAUUGAUCAAUCAAAGUGACAUUUUUGAUCAGAUUCUUCCAUCACUGACUGAUGAAUAUGGUUUUUCAUUACUCUAGAUAAUGAACUGCAUUCUUUUUCAGGGUUUACUCUGUUUGAAGUGAGUUAAAUGGCAUAUUAUCAAUAUUAAUUGUGUUUUUGGACUUGAUCCUGGCAGUGUUUUAAAUCCUGUUUGAUCUUCUCUCUCAUCUCUGAUCAAGAGAAUUUAUGCCUCAACCGUACAGUGGGAUUUCUGAUGACUGUGGACAUUUAAAACUAUUCAGUAUGGAAAGAGUUUGCAACACAUUACAUCAGUUGUAUUUAGUCUUUCACUCCUUAUCAGUCUCUAGCAUCUGCUGUUUUUGAUGGGAAACCACAUAGUUUAAGACUAUCGCUCCUAACCUUGGUAUUGUAUGGUUUUGAGUCAUUGAGGUGUCAUUUGAUACCUUUUAAAAUAAUUUUCAACCACUGUAACUGAUGGUUUCUUGAUGAAAUCAUGUUUAAUAAAUGAUACCUACAAAGUUCAA